AUGCCCUUCUACGUACUCGGCGGCACGAUGGUCGGCGCGGCCUUGCUCAACCAGUGGCUGAUGCCGUCGCUGGUCAAGUGCGAGAGGAACACAGUCCCGUUCAUCAGCAUGCUGCGUGUGUUCGGUCGGUCCUCCAAGAACUGGCUGUGCCUCAUGAUUGUCUUCCUCUACUCAUUCGUGUUUAUGACGUUCGAAUCCUGCAUGGCCCUGUAUGCCAACAAGGUGCUGGGCGUCACACCGUCAACCCUGGGACUCUAUUUCUUGGUGGCCACGACAGUGUAUUCCCUGACCAGCUUCAUAUGGGCCCGUCUGUCCGAGCACUCCCGCAACCCCUACGUGCAGAUGUCGCUCUGCCUGCUGGCGACGACAGGCAGCCUACUGCUAAUCGCUCCUUCGCCGCUGCUGAACACUGCACCCCGCUGGUGGCUCCUCGGCCUGGGGCAGACGCUGCUCGAAGGCUUCUUCGGCGGCGCCUACAUCCCCUGCUUCUCACAGAUGCUGCAGGAGAGCGUGCGGAAGGGCCUGGCGGACGAUCUGGUGACGCAGGCGUUUGUGUCGAGUGUGUACUGGACCGGUUACUCCCUCGGCACUGUGGUGGGCCCCGUGUCUGGCGGCCUGCUCGUGGACGCCUACGGCUUCCCCGUGAUGAUGACCUGUCUGGCUGGUCUGGCCUUGCUAGUCUGCCUGCUGACCGUGAUGCAAGCUGUCAGGACGGCAUGCUCAGUCGGUGCGAGACGGCGCUGGGCGAGUGAAAGGGAGCCCCUAUGCAGGGUGCUGGCCUAA